GCACCAUCCUUAACAGAAUUAACGACUUCUGCUUAGGACUUAUAGUUAUAGCCGCUAGGUAAUCUGGAGCAGACUUUACCAGAGACCUCGCUACUGGCAUCAGUUUUUGUACUAGAUUUACUAGAUCUAGUGCAGGUUUCUGAAAUUGAUCCAGACAUGUCAGAGCAAGAACUGGUAGGGCAAGAAUUUAUUCUGUCAGAGCAAGAACUGGUAGGGCAAGAAUUUAUUCUGUCAGAGCAAGAACUAUCAAGAGUUUCUGAGGAGUUGCAAGAUGUACGAGCUGAACACGAAAGAAUAUUGGAUGUAUUGAGAAGAAUUAGAGAUGCAUACCUAUCACUUAAGUGCCCAGGAUGUAAAAACACUUUCACCUCAAAAGGGAAUCAUUGUCCUAAAGUAUUAGGAUGUGGACACAGCCUUUGUAAGGCUUGUGUCUCUAUGUAUACAGUGAAAUGUACCUGCUUCUGUCCUGUAGACAAUGAGGAAACCCUUGUAGAGAGAAAACUAGCCACCUGCAAACUUAUAGCAUCUCUUUUGGAGAAAAUGGAACUUAUAUUUUUGGAUGCAAAUUUUCCAAAGCUCUAAGCCAGUAGACCUACUGGAAUGUCACUCACCCCAGCUUGCCACACAAGACAUCUUUACAAGAAUGUAAGCUCUGGCGAAGACUUCUUUUGUGUCUGUUCACAAUGUUAAUGAAAGUGAUUCAGCUUCUCAAGAUCUUUAAUUGAAUUAGAAGAUGCAUUGUUUGACUUUUGAUACUGUACUAAAUACUUUCUUUGCUGAACUAUUUGUUCCA